CGCAAAUCGAACUGUGCAACGCGCCAUUUUGAAAGCAGACCGGCACUCGGGUAAAGCGUAAACAAAACGUUAGUCUUGGUAGCUUCGGUGGAUUCGUAAUCCAUCGCAAUCAUGAAGUUAGUCAGAUUUCUGAUGAAACUAAGUCACGAAACAGUGACGAUAGAGCUGAAGAAUGGUACUCAAGUCCACGGCACAAUAACUGGUGUUGACGUGGCCAUGAACACUCACCUUAAAGCUGUCAAGCUGACGAUGAAACACCGUGAACCAGUGCAGCUUGAUAGUUUGAGCGUCCGAGGCAACAACAUUCGAUAUUACCUCUUGCCCGACAGUCUGCCAUUGGAAACACUCCUCAUUGAUGACACACCCAAAGCCAAAGCCAAGAAGAAGGAGGCUGCCACUAUGGGCCGUGGCCGUGGAAGGGGCAGAGGUCGUGGUCGAGGACGAGGUGGUGCCAGGGGUCGAGGACGGCGGUAGAAGACAUCAUGGCAGCCACGAAGGUGGCCAACCAGACGACAUUGGAAGAUUGCAGCAUCAGUUAUGGGGGCUUUUUGGGAAGUCAUUACAAUUUCCAAAAGCCAACAAAAUUUUUCUCUCUCUCUCUCAUUACACUAGCUUCAUCAGUAGUGUUUUGUUACUUCAACCAUUAUUCAUGUCAACUUUAUCUCUCAUUACACUAGCCUCAUCAGUAGUGUUCUAUUAGUUCAAGCAUCAUGUCAACUUUUGCCGUUACCCCCUACUAUCAAAUGUUGACAUAGUGACUUUAGGAAUCAAUUGUACAUUCACAGAAAUCGAACCACAAAAUAAACUGAUUUCCUUAGUA